CUCUUCCAUUUCCUCCAUCUCUCUCUCUCUCUCUCUCUCUCUCUCUCUCACCUGUUUUGAUGAUGCUCGGAGCUGCUCAAUUCUCCGUCGCCGAUCGCUCGAAUGCCGCUUUCCCGAUCCCAAAUACUCGCCCAGCGCUUUCCUCUUCUUCUUCCUCUUCCUCUCACACCUUAGAUUCCGUCGUCUUCCGGUUAGGUUUCCGAGCCAAACGCCGCCACCGUGGACUCAAAUCGAUCCGCAUUACCUGCGACUCCUCCUCUCGCGACCGAUCCACUAAUCAGCAAGAUUACGAGUACAUUCAAGCUUCCCUCCUGCUUUCAGAAACUAUAUCUCACUACCGAAUGCAAAAACGAGGGUUUCAAGAAGAGACGAAUUGGAAUACCUCCAGAAAACUGCGGCCGUUUUCGGUGCAAGCAACCCGGCCCCGGAGUGUUUUGGAUAAACUAGGCAGGAACUUCCUCCAGCGAUUCCAAAGUCCUACUAUUUUCCUCAAGAUAUCGUGUGACGGAGACUUUUUGCUUCCAAUUGUUGUAGGCGAACUUGCGAUAGAGAAUCUCAUUAAUGGCCACUGGGGAGAUGAGAAUGGGGAUUCCCCGGACCAGUUUCAGUUUGUGAAAAGUCUUGUUGAAGAACUUGACCAUCAAGUGAAUAUGGUGAGAAUUACAGAAAGAGUGCUGCAUACUUACUUUGCCAGAUUGUAUUUUAGUAAGCCAGGCAAAAGUGACAUUCUUAGUGUGGAUGCCCGUCCAUCAGAUGCCAUAAAUGUUGCAUACAGGUGCAAGGCACCCAUAUAUGUAAAUAAACAGAUUGUUGUAAGAGAUGCUGUAAGAAUCAGUUAUGGGAUGGGCAGAAUGCGUGAGAUGAAGCCUACUUACGAUGUCUCUCUUGAUAGUGCUGCAGAUGGUCCCAAUUUAUUAGCUCAAGAACUUGUUUUGGUGAAGAAUAUCGACUUGGCUAUCAAAGAGGAAAGAUAUAAGGAUGCAGCCAUGUGGAGAGAUGAACUAGUCAAACUUCGCAAGUUAAGUCAAGGGCAUCAAAGUUAAUCUGCUUCUAAUAAGUUGCUGCUUUCAUGCAUUCACACGAGGAUGUACUGCUAGGGGAGAGUUCUUAUUGCACCUUCUCGCCUUCUAGACUUUUGGCGUAGCAUUUCAGUUUAGUGUAUGUGGACCACCUUUGUUAAUCUUUGGAAAAUGCAGGAACUUCUAAGAUAUUGAUGUACAGUUUCAUAGUAUAUAGCCCCCCAAGUAUCUACAUGUAUGAUCACAUAUUACGAAGAAAGAGUGAAUGAUCACAGUUUGUAAAUCU